CACAAACUUAAGAGUCACUAACACAAAAUUUUCAAUGGCAGCAUUCACCAAAGUCCUUGGCUUAGUUCUUUCUCUUGCUUUCAUUGCUGAAGGAAUUGAUGAGGGUUUCAGAUGCAAUCCUGGAAUUGUUAUUAGCCAAGAAAAACUUAACGGAACUGUCAACGGACAACAAGUAUGGAAUGCAACUGUGGAAAAUACAUGUGAUUGUGUUCAACUUCAUGUUUCACUAAGCAUUCCCAAUUUCGAUUCUGCCGUUAAAGUUAACACUGCCGUUAUCUCCAAAUCACAUGAUGAUAUCUAUGACGUUAAUGGAGGUCUUCCAAUUUACCCACACAGUGGUGUCUUCUUCACUUAUGCUGGCCAAAAUCUUAACGUUACAACAAAUGAUCGCACAGAGGCUUGUUCUUGAAAAUAUUAUUAUAGAGAAUUUAUUUUCCUUGAUUUCUAUUGGUUUAUACUGUAAAAGAAAAAUUAU